AUGAGCAGUGCCAUCUUCUUCACGGAAGAAACAACAAGUGGCAUUCCAGUUGUUGCUUUAAACAACAUCUUUCCAAACGUCUGUCAAGCUCCACGUCCGAUACCACCACAAAGAGUACGAGACUUUUAUUGUCCUCAUGGUCGACGUGUCUUUUGCAGGACUGAACAUCAGUUUCAGAAUGAGCCUAUCAAUCAUUCUCCACAGCAUGAAGUGAUUCAAAAGUGCAAGACGAAAAACCAUAAGAAAACAAGACCUAAUGACAUUAUCAAAGUUAGAGAGGACUUUAUUAUGGAAACGAAUUAUAUGAACUUUUAUCACAAAUUCUAUCAAGCCUUGGACAAUGUAUUUAAACCUGCAUUUAUUGCACACAGAGUGUAUCCAACAGAUCAGAAAAAGGCAGCUCAAUACAAUACGGAUGUUCAGUUCAAUAAGCAAAUGUUUGAAAUGAUUACCAAACAAAUUGGAGUGGGCUCAAAGAGAGUUUGUGAAGAAGAGAAUGCUGGCGGAUGCUCUGUUUUCUCUGAGGUUAUGUCUUGUGAGAUUAUUACUCGUUUGUUUGAUGCCGCGUUGAUCAAGACCGAGAUGGAAAUUGCAUACAUACAUGAUGGAAGCAAAAAGACAGAUUUUUUGAUGGUUAUUAACGGUAAGAAGGUUGGAAUCUCUGUCACACGUGCCUUCAAAUACAAGAGACCUACAGAGCAAGAUAAUGGCAUGUUUGCUGAAUUCACUAUUGAGGAUGGCAUCCAUUUGUUGAAGAAAAAGUUGGGUGGAAUUAUUUGGGCUAACCAAAACGUUCAAAAACAAGAUCAUUGGGAAAAACAUAUUUUGCAUAUCUUUGUUCCAAACACACAAGUGGCAAAUGUUUUGAAACAAGCUUACAAGACAAUGAACCACAAAUACAAAACAAAUACCAUCGUAAUUGUGACAGAGACUACCACUAUGGAUUGUAUCUAUUCAGAGAGAUUGUAUGACCACAUAUGUUGA